AUGGCGGCGGCGCGGGGCGGGGGCGGGGGCUGGGGGUCAGUCUGGCGGCGCGGGGGCUGGGGGUCAGUCUGGCGGCGCGGGGCGGGGGCGGGGCUGGGGGUCAGUCUGGCGGCGCGGGGCGGGGGGCGGGGGCUGGGGGUCAGUCUGGCGGCGCGGGGGUUGGGGAUCAGUUUGGCGGCGCUGCAGAGGCGCGAUCCCUACAUCUGCAACAUCGUGGACGUGGCGAGUCAGGUCGCGCUUUACACUUUCAGUCACAAAGCCAACGAGUGGGAGAAGACCGAUGUCGAGGGCACCCUAUUUGUUUACACAAGGUCUGCUUCUCCGAGACAUGGGUUUACCAUCAUGAACAGACUGAGCGUAGAAAAUAGAACUGAGCCAAUCACUAAGGAUCUGGACUUUCAGUUGCAAGAUCCUUUCCUACUCUACAGAAAUGCACGAUUGUCUAUCUAUGGGAUCUGGUUCUAUGAUAAGGCAGAAUGUCAGAGGAUUGCAGAGCUUAUGAAAAAUUUAACUCACUUGGAGCAAUGGAAAGCUCAGCAGGGUGGUGGAUCACCACACUAUGGUGAGAGCAAAGCUGUAGAUAUCUUACAAAUGCUAUCUAAAGCUGAACAUGAAUAUAACAAGGUCAAACAUUCCUCAGAACCAAAGCAGAUAACUAGCUCCAGUCUGAUUCAUAACAGCUCAGUCCUGAUCAAACCAAUCCCAAUUAAACCAACUGAGCUUGGGACAGAUGCCCAUUAUCAAGAGGCACAGCGAUCAGAUAAGAGUACAGAAUUAGGAACAAAGCACUUGACAUUGGCAGCCUUGUUUGGUACACAAGUGAAACCAAUUUCGACUAAUGUCCCAGCACAGGAACCAAAGAACAAAGUUUGUAGUCGACCAGGUGUGGUACGUUCUUUGUCCUAUGAUGAGCCCAGCAGAUUGCCAAAGCAGGAGACUUCCCAACUUGAAGAAAGACAGCUUUGUCCUGCUAUUCAGAAACUAAUGGGCCGUGGAACUGAUCUUCAGCCAGUGUCUGAGUUACCAGAAAAUUGCCUGUGUGAAAAUCAAAUUGAUCAACCUAUGGAAGACUCUUUGACAGGACUAUACCAAGUACAACCCUCUGUAGGCAAUGUAUCUACACAAAAUCCUUUGAAUGAAUCCAGUUCUUUCUUUCCUAACAAUACACACAAAUUGCUUCAGAAGCUACAAUGUACACAGGCACCACUUCUUACCCCAGGCCCUUCUGUGAUACAGUCAGAACUUCUCUUAAGUAGGUCUCAGAAGGAUUCUCAGAUACAGUCUUUUCCUCAGACCCAUCCCACCUAUCUUAGCUCCAGCCUACAGUUUCAACCUAAUCUACACAAUAUUCAAUCUGUAGACCAGGCCAAGAUGACUGUGGCCUCAAACACCUGCAGUAGCCCAGCACAGGUCUCUGGUAUUAUAUCUCCACAUGAAUUACUUCAGAAGCUCCAAAUAGUUCAACAGGAACAGCAGCUUCAGGCUGGGAACAAAAUGACUAUGGCAGCUAAGUUUUCAGCUCAGCCUUCAGUUGUCAGUCAGACCAAUUCCUCAAUCAAACCAUUGGAAUCCUGGACAGAGAAAACUGCCUGCUCAGAAAAACGGAACCCAUUUUUCCAGGUCAUAUCCCCACAACGCAUUCCAGCUACAGUGGCAUCAUCUCUUCUGUCUCCCAUGGUGUUCUCCAAGUCUGUAAUGGGAAAGUCCAAGACCCUAGAAGCAGGUCCUCUACCAUUUGCACAGUUGGACACCACUCAAGCUCCAAAGAGCCUGCUAGAGAGUCGUCUGCAUCAACCUGCACAGAUGGCAGAACUAACUAGUCAUACAUCAAAUGUACUUACCAAGGUCCAGCUACAAGAAACCCUUUUGUACCUUUUGAAGAAUGACCCUAACUUUUUGAAUAUCAUCUAUGAAGCCUAUCUCACAGGUCAGGCAAACACUGCAGCAAAAAAGAAAACCUAAAAACUUUGGAUACAAGUUAUAAAAGCAACUUUUUUGGUGGGGAUAAUAAUGUGGUGCAUUACCACUAAAGGAUAUUCUCCAUUUUAUUUUCCAAGGAACUUUCAUUUUCAAAAUCUGUGUUGGCUUUGUUUGGAGCUAUUUAACUGUGAUUGCCUUCCACACUGGAUGUAUUUUAUUGCUGGUGGGUUUAUUUCAAGCCCUUGUUUAAGAUGAAUGUAACUGAAAAGACAAUUGAGAUUUCUGAAGAGUCUGUUUUUAUCCAAAGACCACUUUUAAUUCAUGGCAGAUUAAUAUUGUAUUUUUUCAUCAUU